AUGGCCACAAAUAUGGCCGUCGUGGAGGAGCCAUUGUACCCGAUAGCCAUUCUAAUCGACGAGCUUAAAAAUGACGACAUUCAGCUGCGCUUAAACUCGAUAAGGCGGCUGAGCACGAUCGCGAGGGCUCUCGGCGAGGACAGGACGCGGAAGGAGCUCAUUCCGUUUCUUAACGAGAACAACGACGAUGACGACGAAGUGCUGCUGGCCAUGGCGGAAGAGCUCGGCUCCUUCAUUCCGUGCGUCGGUGGGAUCGAUUUCGCCUACGUCAUUCUCCCGCCGCUGGAGACGCUCUGCACCGUCGAGGAGACGGUUGUACGCGAUAAGGCGGUGGAAUCGCUGUGCAAGAUCGGACAGCAGAUGAAGCCGAGAGACAUUGUCGAGUACUUUGUCCCGCUUGUUCAGCGCCUGGCGGCGGGCGACUGGUUCACGGCGCGCGUGUCGGCGUGCGGGCUGUUCCACAUCGCGUACCCCGCGGCGACGGAGCAGCAGCGCGCCGAGCUGCGCACGCUGUACGGGCAGCUGAGCCACGACGACAUGCCCAUGGUGCGCCGCUCCGCCGCGCUCAACAUGGGCAAGUUCGCCGCCACCGUCGAGCCGCAGUUCCUCAAAACCGACAUCCUCGCCUUCUUUAAAGACCUCACUAACGACGACCAGGACUCAGUGCGGUUGCUGGCGGUGGAGGGGUGUGCGGCGGUGGGCAAGCUGCUGGAGAAGGAGGAGUGCAUAUCCACCAUCCUCCCCAUCAUCCUCUCCUUCGCCCAGGACAAGUCGUGGCGUGUGCGCUACAUGGUGGCCAAUCAGCUGCACGAGCUCUGCGAGGCAGUGGGCCCUGACGUCGCACGUGCGGAGCUGGUACCGGCGUUCAUCGCGCUGCUGCGGGACAACGAGGCGGAGGUGCGGAUUGCGGCAGCGGGCAAGGUGACCAAGAUCUGUGCCAUUGUCAAGCGCGAGGACGCCUUCAACGCCAUCCUGCCCUGCGUCAAGGACCUCUCAACGGACGCCUCGCAGCAUGUGCGGUCAGCCCUGGCAUCGGUGAUAAUGGGCAUGGCGCCGCUGAUGGGCAAGGAGAUGACCAUUGAGCACCUGCUGCCACUCUUCCUCGCCCUGCUCAAGGACGAGUUCCCUGACGUGCGCCUCAACAUCAUCAGCAAGCUCGACCAAGUCAACCAGGUGAUGGGCAUGGACCUCCUCUCCCAGUCGCUGUUCCCGGCCAUAGUGGAGCUGUCGGAGGACCGGCACUGGCGGGUGCGGCUGGCGAUCAUCGAGUACAUCCCGCUGCUGGCGGGGCAGCUGGGCAUGGAGUUCUUCGACGAGAAGCUCAAGGACCUCUGCAUGAAGUGGCUCGAAGACCAGGUGGGUGGGGAUGGGUGCAAGUGGGUAGGGGUGGGUGGGAGUGGGUGGGAGCCAGAGGGGUGGGUGGGUGGGAGUGAGGUGUUACUGGGCAUGGAAUUCUUUGAUGAGAAGCUCAAGGACCUCUGCAUGAAGUGGCUCGAGGACCAGGUGUACUCCAUCCGUGAGGCAGCAGCCACGAACCUGAAGCGGUUGGCAGAGGAGUUUGGCCCAGAGUGGGCUCAAGCGCACAUCGUGCCCAUGGUGGUGAGCAAGGUGAACAACCCGCACUACCUGUACCGCAUGACAGUGCUGCUCUCCAUCUCCAUGCUCGCACCAGUGCUCGGCUCGGAAGCCACCUGCAGCACCAUGCUGCCCAUCGUGCUCAAUGCGGCCAAGGACAGGGUGCCCAACAUUCGGUUCAAUGUGGCCAAGAUGCUUCAAUCCUUCGUCACCAUUGUCGAACCAUCGAUUGUGGAGCAGAGCAUUCGGCCAGCCUUGUUUGAGCUGAAUGAGGACCCAGACCCAGAUGUGCGCUUCUUUGCCAACCAAGCACUGCAGGCAUGCGAUCAGCUCAUGGUCGGCUGA